GCGUUACAAAAAAGAUUUAUGGAUUUUCGUUUCUUUAUUAAAAAGUUUAACACUAUUUAUAGGUCAUUUCUACAGUAGCAAAUAUUUAAAGGCAACACCUGAAUAACUUAGAAUGUAAAUACUAAUUGGUUAAAAUAAUCAAUUCCUUGAACAUACAUAAGUAUGUCUGGAGUGCACAUAAAGAAAUAACAAUGACCCUAAAUUGAGACAUUUAAUGAUUCAAUGCGAAGUUCGUACGAAAGAUUUAAAAAGAAAUCGUAUUUCGCAUUUCUGAAUAAUUGUAAAAUAAUGGAAUUUUGAAAUUUAUGUAUUAAAUCGAAUAUUUUAAUUCAGAUACUACGUGAAAAAUAAAUAAACAUAAUGAUAUAACACCAUGGUGCCUCAAUCAUAUAAACGUUGGAAGAAAUGCUUGUACGAAAAUGCUGAAUAUGACGAUAAUUACACAGAUCCCAGCUUCCUAAAAGACUUGAAAACGAAUUUAAAUGUUCGCUUUUUCACUUUCGAGGAAGCUCUUAAAGGCAUCACUAGGCUAAAUAACCAAAUUUCGUGUAUAACCGCUUUUUUGGUUAUUUUCUAUUUGCUUUACAGCGAGAGUGUUACCCCACUCAAUGUUUUAUUAGUCACUGGACUAAUCACUUCAGUUGGAUACAUCUUUUACCGUGGACAAAAGCUUUUUACACUUCAAUAUCUUCUGGAGGACUCAAAAACUCUAUUGACGGUAUUGGUCUUUGGAUAUCUUUUUGCGCCUUUACUACACCGUCUAACGAAUGCUAUAAGCACUGAUACAAUAUUUUCAAUGACAUUCUUUGUCCUGCUGCUCAAUCUAAUAUUUUUUGAUUAUGGAUUAUCAGCUGCAAUGGUUUCAAAGGCGCUAUCAUUGAAUGCUGCUAUAUUUGCAUCAAUUUGUUUGGCGUCUCGCCUUUCUACUGCUUUCCAUGCGUUUGUUUUGCUUGUAGAAGCGUCUGUCUUUUUUGUACUUUAUCCUAUUUUUACAUCUUUAUACUGGCGAUGGUACCUUUUGUUGCCUACUUAUAUGAUUUGUUGUUUUAUGCUGUACAACAUUUCCAUUAAUAUUCUUAUUAUUUAUGCCACUUUAACGGGAUUUAUUAAUAUUAUAUGUCCAUACAUAUUUGUGACACAACAACAAUAUAAGCAAAAUAUUCAUGGGCCAUGGGAUGAAGCAGUAGUAGAGGAAAACUCGGAGAAUGUCAUUAGUGAUAAAUAAUCAGGGGUAUUAUUUAAUUAUGUGUGCAUAUGAUUUAAUAAAAACAUAUUGUCUUUAGUCCCAUUAUAA